GAGGAUACCUGGAGAACUGAGUCGGAUCCGGCAGUCGAGCAAAAUGUGGAUAAAACGGAGUGUUGCGCGCAGUCCGUCUGCUUUGAGGCCAGGCAGCUGUGUGGGGCACCGGGUGUGGAUCCUGCUGGCCAUGACCCACCUCACCCUGGACUUUUCCGUGUGCAGCCCCCUCGGCCAGGGUCUGGGGAUCAAACUCACUCCUAAAUUGGUGCCUCGUUCACGACCUCGCUGGCAGCCGCUCUGGGACACUCCUAACAAGCUUCACUGGAGGCCGGUGAGCCCGUUCGCCCGCCGGCUCCUAAAUCCUAUCCCUCCACCCCAAGACAGCAGGGCAGGGAUAGGGCCGAAAGUCAAGGGUCAAAAGCAUCGGAAGCCAGCACAUAAAGGACAAGCAGCGUGUAAGGAGUGCCGGUUGAGAUACUCUCAAAUGGAGACAGGUGAUCCUUUGGCGGUAAUAGCCGAAGCUCCAGCAGCUUUAUCCAGCGCGAGUGGAGGAGAUGCAGUGAGGUUGUUACUUAGAGCCAGGAGACAGCUCAAAUGGGACAGCUAUGACAAGUCUCAGGAGGGCCGGACUACCACAGUGGCCGGAUUUAUCGACUGGGGACCCACAGGGACAGAUAGCAUAGAUGAUGAUGGCAAACCGGAGCCCAACAUAACGCUGUCCACCAGGGUCUCAACUACCACAGUGGCCACAACCACUAGCACUACAACCAGGCUCUCCCAAAGGACGUUCACUGUGGUGACCACACCAGAGCCCAAGAGCACCACCAAGGCCACUGUCAGCUUCGUGGAGACUGUCAAACCACCAAAGCCAUAUGGGGACACACCAGGUUUGGCAGUUCACCAGAUAAUCACAAUCACUGUGUCUCUCAUUAUGGUUAUCGCAGCCUUGAUCACAACACUCGUCCUUAAAAACUGCUGUGCGCAGUCGGGAAAUGGCCGCCACAAUAGCCAUCAGCGCAAGAUCCACCAGCAGGAAGAAAGCUGCCAAAACCUGACAGACUUCACCCCAGCCCGGGUGCCCAGCAAGGUGGACAUAUUCACUGCCUACAAUGACAGCCUGCAGUGCUCACAUGAGUGCGUUCGGACUGCCGUGCCCAUCUACACCGAUGAGAUGAUCCAGCAGACGCCUGUCUACAAGACUUCUUACAACGGAAACAGGCCCUCCCCCACUGAGAGACAGCUGAUUCCUGUGGCCUUUGUGUCAGAGAAAUGGUUCGAGAUCUCGUGUUGACGAGCUGAAGGCCUUGUUCACUUCCUGUGGGUGGAAGAGACUUCCUGAAUUCACACUCUGGAUCCAGUUGGAAACAAGAAACAAACAAAACAGCUUCUUUUGUAAAAUAGUGUGAUCACUCUUUGGACACUGGUGAAGAUAUUUAUUUUUCUAGAGAUGACAAGCAGAGCAGCCACAACGCUGCCACUCCAUAUUUCCAGGAACGUACAGUCAUUUAGAUAUAGAUUAUAUAUAGGUAUAAUUACAGGAUGUGUGGGACAAGACUGUGGAC